AUGUCAACAUUCGGGAAACACUUUCGUGUAACGACCUAUGGCGAAUCCCACUGCCACUCGCCGCAGCUGACGCGGCGGCGGCCGGGCCAGAGCGCGCUGUCGACGCCGCGCGACGAGAAGGACCGCAUCGAGAUCCAGUCGGGCGUCGAGUUCGGCGUCACGCUGGGCACGCCCAUCGGCAUGCGCGUGCGAAACGAGGACCAGCGGCCCGCCGACUACGGCAACAGCACCAUGGACGCGUAUCCGCGGCCCAGCCACGCCGACUACACGUACAUGGAGAAGUACGGCGUCAAGGCCAGCAGCGGAGGCGGGAGGAGCAGCGCCCGCGAGACGAUCGGCCGCGUCGCCGCCGGCGCCGUCGCCGAAAAGUACCUGCGGCAAGCCCACGGCGUCGAAAUCGUCGCCUUCACGCUCUCGGUCGGUCCGGAAGCGCUCUUGGCCCCAUCCGCCGCGCACCCAACGCUGUCGUCGCACCCGGACUUCCUCGCGCUCCUCGACACCGUCGACCGCGCCGCCGUCGACGCCAGCCCGGUGCGCUGCCCCGCCCUGUCGGACGCUGCCGCCGCCACCGGCGCGCGCAUGGCUGCCCUGAUCGCCGCCCGCCGCGACGCCGCAGACAGCGUCGGCGGCACCGUGGCGUGCGUCGUGCGCGGCGCGCCGGCCGGCCUCGGCGAGCCGUGCUUCGACAAGCUCGAGGCGGCGCUGGCGCACGCCAUGCUGAGCAUCCCCGCAGCCAAGGGGUUCGAGAUCGGGGCGGGCUUCGCGGGGUGCGCGGGGCUGGCGGGGAGUGCGGCGAACGAUGCGUUUGUCGUCGACGACAGUGCAGAUCAGCGGACUGGUGGUGACGACCGGGGGAGGAGCGGGAGGAAGUGGAGCAGGUUGAGGACUCGCACGAAUCACUCUGGCGGCGUGCAAGGCGGCAUCACCAAUGGCGAGCACGUCUUCUUCACCGUCGCCUUCAAGCCGCCGGCGACGAUUGGCCAGGCUCAGCGUACGGCUGGCUGGGACGGCGUCGAUGGUGUGCUGGCGGCGAAGGGCCGGCACGAUCCGUGCGUCGUCCCGAGAGCGGUGCCCGUCGUCGAAGCUAUGGCUGCGCUCGUCAUCAUGGACGCGGUUCUGGCGCAGCAGGCGCGAUCGGCGGCGCGGGAGCUACUCGCGGCUUCAGAGAAGGCUGUGUGA